AUGUCGAGCGCGCCGAGCGCGCGCGGCGAGGACGAGGGACGCGAUAUCUCCGUCGGGGCCCUGAUCGAUGAUCUCACGAGCGACGACGUGGAGCUGCGAUUGAAGUCGAUCGCGAAACUGCCGACGAUCGCGCGCGCGCUCGGCGCGGACAGAGCGCGAAGUGAACUCGUGCCGUUUCUCACGGAGAGGGACGAUGAGGACGAUGAGUGUUUGUUGGCGAUCGCGGGGGAACUGGCGAACCUGAUCGAUGUCGUGGGUGGACAAGAGCACGCGCACGUGUUGUUGGCGCCGCUCGAGACGUUGAUCACGGUGGAGGAGACUGUGGUGCGAGACAAAGCGGUGGAGACUGCGUGCGCGGUGGGGCGAGCGAUGUCGUCCGGGGGAAUUGGGAAGUACUUCGUGCCGUUAAUCGAGCGAUUGGCGCGGGGAGAUUGGUUCACGGCGCGCGUGAGCGCGUGCGGGUUGUUCUCGACGGCGUUCGAGAAGU